AUGCAUCUCGCUGGGGUAAGACUGGCGGCUCUUGCUGCCAGCUUGGCGGCAGGCGAAUCCCUCAAGAGUCUGGACACCAGUCUGACUAUCAUCACGAAUAACGAUCUCCAAGGACCGGCAAGCCCCUACGCCGACACGGCGGUGAUCCUCACGGACGCUCGUCCCUACCAAGAUGUUUCUCAGGGUGUCUGUGCUAAGCUGGGUGAGCAGCUCUGGCGGCCUCGGCCGGGCAAGGGGCACAAGAGAACAGACACCGCAGAGCUGCCGUUUGCGGACUAUCUGAAGUAUGACGGGACGGCCAGUGCUUCGUCCAAGUUCUGGAUCUCUUCGGAUUCGGGUUCCGAUUGUAUGGAUGUCUCGGGUCGGUUCAGCAAGGCCAGCACGGCUUCGAACUCGCGGUUCCCGGGGCUUUGCACCAAUACCGCGCCCUUUUCGACUGAAAGUUCUCAAGACACCAGCGCCAAGUGGCAGAUUAGUCUGGAUGUCAACAACCAGACGCUUACAGGCUUCCGUGACCGAUUGUCUUUCCGCUUCCUCGGGAUCCGCUAUGCGCCGCAGCCGCAGAGAUUCACGUAUCCCACUCUGUUCAAGGGCUCCGGAGAGGCUGCCUCCGCCCUGUCGUAUGGUUCUCAGUGCGUUCAAGGGUCGGACACCGGCAGUGAGGACUGCUUGUUUCUCAACGUCUGGACGCCCUAUCUCCCUAACCCCAAUUCUGCGGCACCAAAGAAGAAGCUCCGCCCCGUCGGCUUCUGGAUUCAUGGUGGUGCUCUAACCGGCGGUUUCGGAGGCGAUCCCACGUUUGACGGAGCCAACGUCGCCAGUCGUGGUGACAUGGUGCUGGUCUCCAUCAACUACCGUCUCUCGACCCUGGGUUACUUAGCGCUCAAGGACGGCAAGACCAAUGGAAAUUACGGCUUGGCUGACCAAAUUACGGCCUUGGACUGGGUGCGAGCGCACAUUCAGAACUUUGGCGGUGACCCGGACCGCAUCACCAUCUUUGGCCAGUCGGCGGGCGCCGGCUCGGUGCGUGCCAUGAUGGCCUCGCCCAAGGCUGCUGGCAAGUUCGCCAAAGCCAUCAUGCUCAGCAACCUCGGCGGUAUCAACUACGGCACGACGUAUUCACACUACUACACCAUUGACGAAGAAGUCGAGGUGGCCGCCAAGCCCCUGCUCGCUGCGACCAACUGUACCAACGCUGCCUCCCAGGUCGACUGCCUCCGCGCCCUCCCUUCGCACACCCUCACCCAGAUCGGCGGACCCCGUUACAUCGUCCUCGACGGCACCUACAUCACCAACCUCGAACUCCCGCUCAAAGGCCCGAAGCUCCCCAUCCACCUCAUGAUGGGGAUUACCCGCGACGAUGGCGCGCCCAUCAUCUCCUUCCCGCAAACCUCAAACCAAUCCGCCUACCUCGCCUCGCAGGGCUUCUCCGUGCCGCCCGCCAACCUGUUCCCCAUCCCCUCAACCGGCAACGCCACCCUGGACCUGUACAACAUGACCUCCCGCCUCGCCACAGACGGUAUCUUCCGCUGCAUCGACCAGGCAACGGCAUUCUCGGCGCUGCAAAACAACCGCCUCGACGAGAUUUACUACUACGAGUUCGACCGCACCUAUCAAACUAAAGGCUGGCCCGGGACAAACGUCUGUGAACCUCCAAGAACGAAAGACCGACCCUUCGGCGACCCGUCGAAACCGUACUUCAAGUGCCACUCGGGGGAACUGUACUAUGUGUUUGGAAAUUUGCAUCGUCAGGCGCUACCAAUGCGGGACGAGGGCGAUCUGGUGUUUGAGCAGUUUGUGUUGGACAGCUUUGUCAGUUUUAUGCGGAGGGGGGAUCCUAAUGUCGAUGCGGACGGGUGGGCGAAGGCGAGGGGGUAUAAGGCGAGUUUGGGUAUGCAGGAGAGGGCGGGGGGCAAGUGGGUGGCUGCGAGGAAGGGGAGGAUGACGUUGAGGGUGCUGGAUUGGCCGAGGUCUGGGCAGAGUGGGUUUAGGGAGCUGGAGCAGUGUGAGAGUUUGGGACUGGGGUUGAGGUAUUAUGAGAAGUGA